GUUUCUUUGAAAUAAGCACUGUUAAAGGAUGGAGAUGUUUGCGUACUAACGGGAUAUUUGGAAUUUAAUAUCUAUUUGGGUUUUUUCACUGUGGUUUUAGGGUGAAUAUUAGCGAAGCUAUUUAUCGUCCGCGAAGUAGUACUGAUAAGAAACACUAUACGUGUGUGUAUGUUGUAUGUCGUGUAGAGAUGCGAUGGGUAACUUCCUUAAUAUUAGAGGCAUGAGUCGGCAUGUACACAGUGUAAGAAAGUUAAACUAAAUCUGUCCCAUUUCUUCCUACAAUACAGCCUCACGGGGGAAAAUCGCAGUACUUCUAAUAAACGCAGGUUCUAUGCUCAAGCUAAGGACCGCUGAAGAAGAGAAAAGGAGUUGUGAAAUUUCCCAGCUGAGGCAGGCUGUGUUACAAAACAAUGACAGACUCCUUGAUGAGAUGCUCUGCCAAGAAAUCUACAAGAAAGUCAUCAACUGCAGAGGUGGCUGGGGCAUUGCAGGCACACCCCUGCAUGCUGCAGUGUCUAAAGGCCACCUCAGCUGUCUGCAGGUCCUUCUAGCUCACGGUGCCAUCAUAGACUGCGUGGACGUCAAGGCCCAGACGCCUCUGUUCGCAGCCGUUCGAGGGAAAUACCUUGACUGUGUCUUAACUCUCCUCAAAGCUGGCGCCAACCCCAACGGAAGCUCGUCCAACAACUGCUCGCCGGUCCUCACUGCUGCAAGGGAAGGCGACGCAGAGAUUCUAAAGCAGCUACUAAAACACGGCGCUGAGGUGAACUCCCGCGCCAAAGUCUUACUGUGGACCUCGAGUGCCAGAGUCUCCAGUGGGCCGCUUUAUUUGGCUGCUGUUUAUGGACACAUGGAGUGCUUCAAACUGCUGCUCCUCUACGGGGCAGACCCAGACUACAACUGCACUGAUGCCAAGCUGCUGAGCUCUGACAAGCAGCCCAAAACUGUGCUGGAGAUGUGCCUUAGGCACGGCUGUGGCGUGGAAUACAUCCAGCUUCUGAUCGACUUCGGUGCAAACGUCUACCUCCCCACGCUGAUCAUCGAGAAGUCAACGAAGCAGAACGAGGCUGUGGAGCUGCUGCUGCGAGAAAGAGGAAAUCCAAAAGCUUUGACCUCACAGUGCCGACUUGCUGUGCGGAGACACCUCAGAAAGAUCAACAAGAUCAACUGCAUCGACCAGCUGGAAAUGCCCACAAGUCUCAUCAACUUCUUGCAACACAAAGCAGCACCAGUCACUGUUCUGUAGAUAGUGAAGGUUAAGUUAUUUUAUGACCUGUGUUUUGUUUUGUUUUUUAUUUUAGCUUAAGCUUUUAUUUGCAGGAUUUGAGCCCCUUUGUCCUCUUUUUAAAAUGGCUUCUGUGUGAGUAUGCAUUGUUCUUGCUCUUAAGACUGAUUCUUCAGCUAAAAGAAUAAAGGUGGAUUAUUGUUGUGGAA